CAUAUUAUUAUUUUCUUCUUCGUUUGUCUAGUGUAAUGUGUUUAUACAGACAGACAGAUAGGUAGAUAAUAAGUAGAUAGAUAGAUAGAUAAGUUAGGUACGGCUUACAUUCGGCCUGCUUCACUACAUUUAAAAUGAAAAUUAUUAUUGAGCGUAACGUAGCGUGUUUUACAAAUAGUCGCAAAAAUUUCCGUUAAUAUUGUUUGUAGUAGGAUUAAGAUAGCAAACGUUGCAGUAGCCGAAGUUCGUAGGUAUCUGGUGUUAAUAGCAGUGACAAAGAAGAUUCUUAUUAUGGUGUCGGAACUUGUGAAUUUUCAGUGAAUUUCCUCAAGAUACCUACCUACCUACCCAACCCCUAAAACUUCCACUUUUCAUACAAUUAGUAGGCGUUUGCUGUGUAAGUUAACAAUAAAUUUUCUCUUAACAGUAGCUAAAUGAAACAAAAUUAUAUGAUACAUGUUAAAACAAUCCACGAUUGUGCAGACCGUUUCACUUUAAUUUAAUACUAGAAACAAUAAUUCAGAAACAAAAACAAGCAUUUCAUUUGUUUUUUAAACUUAACUUUUGUCAAUAAAUUACACUUUCGUUUUAAAUUUGUCACAUUUUCAAGGAAAAUCAUUAAGCAUUAAUUGCUAAAUGUACCUAUAGAGUGUGUUUUUAAAUGCAGCAAAAAAUACAUUAAUUACUACUUUAGUUCGGUUUUUCUGUGGCUUUGGUUGAUCGGUUUAAUUCAUAACCCACAAAAGUUGCUUAAGAAAUAGUAAAUAAUGGAAAACGCGACUGCCUCGAAAAAACCCUUUCGCCAACAACGGUUGUUGUUAUGGUGUGAUUUUUGUAUACACAUCAAUAACGCAUUUUUUUAUGGUCGUGUACGAAUGUUGGACAGUCUCCACAUUCCAGUAGCACAAUAGUGAGUUGAUUCUGAUAGGUUUUAACUGUUGUGUCAUCAACUAUAACACGUGCAAAUUCUUGUAAGUACCUACCUCCUACACCAUAUAAAAAUAAAAAGAAUAAUUCUUUCUUUGUUUUGUGAAGGAUUUUAAUUUGCCUGUAAGGUAAAAUAAAAUAUUGGAAAAAUUUCGCUGACACAUUUUCAACGUUUUAUUUAUCUUAUUAGUUUUUAUUGUUUCAGGUGAUAUUGUUCGUAAAUGAAAAUAUCAAUUAACUACUUGACGAAAAAAAAAGUUAGGUAUGCCACGAUUUGCCUUUUACCAUCUCGUCAACGUCCUAAAUAGAAAUAGAAAAAGGCCUUGUCUGCUAACAUUACUUAUAAUCAGUCUCCUCACUACAAUAAUUAUCGACAUAAUUUUCAUAAAUUCCAUUCAAACUUUUCUCUAUCCGUUUGAAUCGUUGUCUUGCUACCGAAUCGAAAAUUUGAAUACAUUCCCAGACAUAUCGCAAAUAAAUCCAAGAGAAGGAAAGACGAUUUUUUUCCACGAAACGUCGUGCAAGUCUCAUACAGAAGGCAAAACUAUUCUCAGUUCCAGACAAGCUUGUGCUGUCGAAUCCGCAGCUAAAUCCAAUCCACAUUUCGACGUUUUUGUUUUAUUCACUUCGCCAGGUGUAUUUAUAAACAACAACACACAGUCGGACAGGUCUAUUAAAGCAUUGCUCACUUAUCCGAAUAUAAAAUUUUUACAUGUCAAUUAUAACAAUUACACCGAAGGCACUCCGGUAGGGAAUCUGUAUAAGAGCGGCAAAAUAGAGACGUCUUAUUACGCCAUUUCACACGCUAGCGAUGUGUUGCGUUACCUAACGCUAUGGAAAUAUGGUGGCAUUUAUUUGGAUCUGGAUGUCAUCGUAAUGAGAUCGUUAGAAGGAUUACACAGUAAUUAUGCUGGAGCUGAAUCAGACGAUAAUGUUGCUGCGGGUGUUAUGAAUUUUGCGUCCGAUGGUCUUGGACAUUUCCUCGCCGAAGAAUGUCUCCUAGAUCUGAGUGAGCAUUUUACAGGCUAUGAUUGGGGUUACAAUGGUCCAGGUGUUAUAACGAGGUAAUUAGUAAUUGGCACACAUUUCUAUAAAAGUGUGCGUGGGUGGAUGUAUCAUGCACGAAUGGUAUGGUAAAUAUGUACUUAGAAGUAUCAGGCUUGUCUUGAAAACUGCUACCCAGUCAGGACCGGCGAAAGGGAUUGAACCGGUUGUUGAGUGGAAGGGAAACUAUAAAGGGGAGGACUUUAGAUGAAUUACUACCAAUCGCUUUUUUUUUUUUGUUUGAAUUAUUUUGAAUAUUUUACAAAAAGAGUGCUGGAAUGUGGCAAUUUGACAUCGCUCUCAAAAACCGUUGGCACCGCGAGAUUCUACGUACUCUUUUACGUAAUUUUCACCUAUUAAAGCUUAAUAAACCGUUUCUAUCUCCUAAUAAUUUCUGGAGCGCUUUUUCACGUUUGAAUUAUUUUAUAUAGAUUUUAGCAAAAAUAAUGCUGGAAAGUACCAAUUUGACACCGCACUCGAAAAGCGUUGGUACCAAGAGAUUCUACGCACUUUCUUAUACAAUUGUUACUUCUUAAAGCUUAAUGGAUACCCUCCAUCUCUCUAUAUACUUCCAUGAGCGCUAUUCAUGUUCAAAAUAUCUUAUUUUGUGAACAAAACCGGGGGUAAGUACCAAUUUGAUACCGCACUUGAAACCCGUUGUCACCGUGAGAUUCUACGUACAUUUUUAUAUAAAUACCAUUUCUCAAAGCGUAGUAAAUACU